AUGACGGCAUACGGCGCCUUCAUGCCAACCCAUUCGCGUUCGACGUCCGGGUCUGGAUCGUCGGCAAGUAUUUCCUCUGCUAUUACCUCUGUUUCCUCCGCCUCCGUGCGUCGCUCGCGUGUGCAACCCCCGCUCCCGUCUCCGCAGCUAGCCGAUCACUCAAACGAGCAGGAGAACGAGAAUUUGGCCUCAUCUAAGGGACCACGACAGAAGCACCGCAAAACCCGUUUGGAACAUGCGGACCGUAGGAGGAUAUGCGAGUAUAGCAGGCAGUUUCCGAGUUUGAAGCAGGAGGAAAUCGCGCGCGAGUUCAAGGUCGAACGCAGCACCGUCAGCAAGAUCCUGAAAGAUCGCGAGCGGUGGUUAAAGCCGGACAACGAGAAGCCAACUUCAUCGAGGACGAGGCCGGCUAAGUUUGGCGAAUUGGAGACCGCCUUAGAGAAUUGGCUCCAGAGUUGUAAGCGAGAUAGGAUUCUCCUCACGGAUGCCCUCAUCCGCGAGACAGCCAAGAAGGAGGGCCUGAAGCUGGGUAUUGAUGAAACGAGAUUCAAGGCGAGUUCCGGCUGGGUGGAGAACUUCAAGGCGCGCCAUGGAAUCAAGAAAGGUAUCUACAACGGCCGCGGAGAAAGCAACCAUGACGAGAAUGUCGACAUGUCCACUGCGAGUGGCGGCGCAAGGGCGUCGGCACCUGCCGCUCAUGCCGAAGUCAUCGACCUUGCCUCCGACGAGGAGAGUGCACACCAACUAGCAUAUUCUCCAGAGGCUCCGCAUGCAUGGAGUGCCUCUGCGCCUGCGGCCGCUGUGUAUGAACAUGCCGCCCCUCCGGAACCUGCGCCAAUGCCAGGGUCGAGUGCCGUCCAGGUGUCCGAGGGCGGAGGCGGGCCACACGGGGCCCAGGAGUAUCUCGUCACUCCGGCCGUACAAUUCAACGAAGAGGAGGACUUGCCCAGCCUAGCCGAGGCGGAGAUCAUGGUCGAACAGCUGCUGACCUUCUUCCGCAUGGAGGAGCACCAGCCGCUUAUCACGCCAGAGCAGGAGGAGACGCUUAUCGAAGUGCAAAGGAUGCUGUUCAGUCGGUCCACGGGGAUGCGCGGAGCCGAGCCAGCACGGGCUUGA